AUGCCCAACGCCAGGCUGCUGCUCCUCCUCGCCCUCCUCUGUGCUGCCGAGACCGGCCGGGCUCUCCACCUCUACAACGCCGCCUCUGUCUUCAGCUGCCUCAACGCAGCCCUUGCUGAAGCCCAGAAGACCCUCCCAGAGGAAAACGCCAUCUUGGACAAGCGUGGAUUCGACUCCCCAUCACCAGAGGAGCUGUCUGAGGAGGAGGAGAGGGAGGAUGCAGUGGAUGAAGAGAUGGGCAAAAGGACGUUCCCGGGGGACGGCCAUUACAAAUAUGUCUCCCAGGCGCAAGUGAAGGGGAAGACGUACCAAAACCGGGCCAAGAGCGACCGCCGCACCAAGGUCACCCUCUCCCUCGAUGUCCCCACCAACAUCAUGAACAUCCUCUUCAACAUCGCCAAAGCCAAAAACUUGCGGGCAAAGGCUGCCGCCAACGCGCACCUCAUGGCCCAAAUCGGGAGGCGGAAGUGA